AUGCCAGCGUACGCCCUCCUGCGUGCCCUCUGCUGUCUGCGCGCAGGGUUUCCAAAUCUCUGCAGGGCGCGGAACAGCAAAGUGGCACAGCGAAGUGGCACAGCGAAGUGGCUCACUGCGGCGGUGGAGAGAACGCGAACGGCAAAAGCAGAUGCAUUAUUAAGGAAGGAGGUGAGAGGGUGCAGACACUACAUGCAUAAUACAAUACGUUAUGUGAGCCGCGCAGCUGACUGGCACUGCGCAGUCACCGUGGUCAAGCUGGAACUCAUUUGCGCGGCCCUUUUCCUGCUCCUCAAGUCCACGCCGUAA